GGAUAGACAUUCCGCGCUCGCAACAAAUGAAUGAUGCGCCGACAUCAACAUUUGUUUUAUAUAUCGCCCAAGCCGUAAAGCGGGUAUUAUUGUUGGGGUAGCUAACCAGAAACAUAAACAAAAGCAGAAGUUAGCCUGCCGCUUUCUCCAUCACCAGUGUUGGAAUGGCAGCCUCCUCCUCAUCCUCCUCUGCCGGAGGGGUUAGUGGAAGCUCCGUGACUGGCUCAGGAUUCAGCGCGUCUGAACUCAUCCCCCCGCGUAAGGUCCUCUACACGUAUCCCAAAGGAGCCGGAGAGAUGAUGGAAGACGGCUCAGACAGGUUUCUGUGUGAGUCUGUGUUCAGCUACCAGGUGGCGUCAACACUGAAACAGGUGAAGCACGACCAACAGGUAUCUAGAAUGGAGAAACUGGCCAGUUUGGUUGAAGAGCUGGAAGCAGACGAGUGGCGUUAUAAACCAAUAGAACAGCUUUUGGGAUUUACUCCGUCUUAAAGUCCAAAUAAAGACCUGCUCAGUAGCCGCUGGCUGGUCACCACUGGAGAAACAUGUUGACCCCAGAACACUACUUUAUUUCCAACACAUUUGGGUUAUUGUCAUUUGUUGUGUCAUUCCCACAGGGAAGGAUGUUCCUGCCUGUUUUUUUUAACCUUUAUUUAACCAGGCAAGUCAGUUAAGAACAUAUUCUUAUUUUCAAUGACGGCCUGGGAACAGUGGGUUAACUGCCUGUUCAGGGGCAGAAUGACAGAUUUGUACCUUGUCAGCUUGGGGAUAUGAACUUGCAACCUUUUGGUUACUAGUCCAAUGCUCUAACCACUAGGCUACCCUGCCGCCCCGGCUACCCUGUUAUUGGCCAAUGUUUAGCUGAGGUCACUAACUGGAGGAAGGAACACCCUGAUCUGAGAGAGAUAUUGUUGUGACCUAAAAAAAAAAAAUUAUCACAGCAAUGAAUUAUGAAUUGAGUAAUUAAUCAUGUUAUAGUGGGGAAAUUGAUGCAUUCAUGUUUUACUUAGUGUUUUUUUAUUUUUAUAAAUGAAAUAAGAUGGAAUCCUCUUCCUAUGUAUUAAAAUGAAAACAUGAUGUACUUGGAUUAUCAUUUAUUAAAUAUUUAAAUAAAAAAUAUACAGAAUCAA